UGUGGUCACUUACAGUACUACUACGUAACGCAGUAUCUUAGGUUAUGAAAUCAACAUGUUUCCCAUGCAGUUUUAAAAUACAGGGGCGCAGCGCUAGAGAAUCUAAACGCUAUGAUGUUACUUCAUCUUCUUAUUGCAUUAAUGACACUGUGUGUGGGUGAGUGUUACACCAUCAGAAGCUCGGUCUCAUGGGCUGUCACGAAUGAUGUGGUGGAUGAAGAGCUGGACACGCACUCGGACGAGGCGCCCGCUGUACUCGUCGAUAAUAUUGGGAUCUGGAAACAAGCCUAUCCGUCCUCUGUUUAUCGGGACGCUUCAGAGAAGAAAGCUGACCAGAGAUCGAAAAGCGAGGACGUUUCAUCGGCGUCCCGUGUGUUUUCAUACCGAAUGGAGGAGGUGAAAGCCCCGUCCAGUGUCCCGGAGCCUCCGCCACAUGAAGAGACAGCGAGAGUGGCCCGAUAUAUGGCCCAUUACAGCGACUGGGGUCACCUCGCCACAAUCUCCACGCAAGAACAGAUAAAAGGACUUCCAUUUGGAAACAUCUUCUCUGUCAGUGACGGUCCCCUUGACAACAGCACUGGAGUUCCUUAUUUCUAUGUUACGCCCAUGGACAACACUGUAACGGAUCUGCGCAGCUUUCCUUUUGCUUCCUUAACGUUUUCUGAGGCAGAGGGAGAUUUCUGCAGGAAGCAGGUUUAUGACCCGGAGGACCCUAGGUGUGCUAGACUCACUUUGACUGGUAAAAUGGUGGAAGUGGGACCAGAGGAGCUUGACUUUGCUAAGGAGGCUAUGUUCUCCAGGCAUCCUGUCAUGAAGAAGUGGCCCCAUGGACAUAAGUGGUUUUUCAUGAAGCUGGUUCUGCAGCAAGUUUGGCUACAGGACUGGGUUGGAGGAGUCUCUCUUAUUCCGCUUGAAGAGUAUUUCAAAGCCACACCUUUCUGAGGAAAUAAACAACAACAUUCUAUAAUUAACACAGUAAAAGCAUAACUGAACUGAAUAAAGACAGAAGUUGGUUACAAUUUUUGUUUUUAACUGCUUCCAACAAGAUGCAUUUGCCCUGGCCAUGACCCUGGUUUAGUGUCACAGGGCUUUUUCUCCCAAACAUGUUCCUGAGGAUUUAUUGAAUGUAUGAAUUAUCUGAACAGUGCAUAUGGCAGUACAGUAAUUCCAAAAACGCUCAAGGUUUGGGGCAUUUAUCACAUACUCUAUGCUAAGUAGCACUACAUUUGAAGAAUUUAUGUUUCUUAAUUUUUGUGUCAAAGGAAAGUUAUUAAUUCAUUAAACACAAACAUUCAAAUCACUCAUAUCAAAUUAUACCACAGGCCUUAACAAAGUAAAGUAAUCUGUGUCCGGCAUACACAUACAGAAUACUAGUAAGUGGAGAUUUGAUUUGUCAAAUUUUUCUGAAACAUAAUUUACAUUGUUAAGGAUUUUAAAUUUCAUCAACCGCUGAAAUGUGGAAUAUAAGUUAGCACUUUUGUAUUGUUUUGGAUUGUGCAGAACAUUUUUUUCAUUGGGAUUGAUAGGGUCUAAUGCUUUCCUACAUUUCAUGUUCAUUUUCAUGUCUGCAUUUAUCUCUAAAGGAAAGUGACAUACAUGACCUCACUACCUAAAUUAACUAUAUCUAAUAUCUGUUUGUGCCUUGCAUUGCUUUUUAACAUUGUAAUACAUGUGCUGCACAAAUCAAAUAAAAAGUAUUAAUAAUAUACAGUAUAUUAUGUGGAAAAAGCUGUUAGUGUAAUUUUGUGGUUGACAGUUUUAGCCUUUUAAUUUGAAUGAAGAAUUAAUAGUGUAGAUUAGGAAUGGAAUGUAGGAAUGUUUAUACAGAAUUGAGCUUAAAAUAAUAGUACAGAGAGACUGAAGCAAAAGUAUUAUUUGCCUUACAUAACACCAGGGUUGUAUGCCAAUCAGAAUUGAAUUAACAAUGACUUUUACAUUCUAAUUCACUUCCUGAAUUUGAGGGAACAAACAGGAUGCAGACUUCUGAAAUUCCUAUUACAGUACAUUUAUUUUAAUACAUAGGACUAUUUCAAUACACAUAAGAAAUUAGCUUAUAUUUUAUGGAGAAUGAAAAACAGUUUCAAUUUACCCCAUUUGUUUAUAUAUAUAGUUAUCUGAAAACAAUGUGAUUUGCAUUUUUUGGUGACAAAUAUGUCCAUUCAUUUAUGUCAAAAAUGUCAUGCAUAUCAG